AAGAAGGUUAUAGCGACCCCCACCCCCAGAAACAAUCCGAGAUUCCGAGAUCUUGGCGAUGCCUCGGGCGUGCACGGGCCAGUUUUCGGAAUGGAUCCGAAGAGCUACAUCAUUUAUCCUUGCCCAUGUUUGACGCACUUCUUCGACAACUCCCUCUCGUCUUUGAUGUUGUUGCGACUGGGCAUAAAGUCCUCGAAUCAUCUUUUCCGCGCUCCAACUGCGUCCAAUCUCUAUCGUAAUCCCUGCAACAUGUCGACUUCCGAUACGAACAAGCGGGAAAGCGUCAUGCCCGAAGGCUCCACGACAAACGAUGAAUCCACAAACAAAACAUCCCCGAAUGGACCGCAAAGAAACGUGGAUCCUUCUUCUAGCAAACGCCCAAAUGCGUUCACAGAACUCAUGUCCGCGUGGAAGAAGCCCAAAUCCAACACUGCAAUCGCUGCAGAAGACGCGCCCUCGCGAUCCAAAUCCCGCCCGUUCGACUACAAGGACGGUCUCGGCAUCUACAUACAGCACCCAGAAAAAAACCCAGAAGGCAGGGUUGUAGAAUAUGACGACGAUUGGGUAGUCAUCAACGACAAGUUCCCAAAAGCGAGUGUCCACCUUCUCCUCCUCCCACGCGACCCUUCUAUCGCGAAACAACACCCCCUAACUUACUUGUCAACCCACCCCGAGUUCCUCUCCAAACUGCGCACACGAGCAGCUCAGGUGGCACGCCUCGCGGCCUCGGAACUGCGCCGCCAAUACGGCCGCGACAGCGCAUCGGAUGCGCCCUACCAAUCAGCCCUCGAAUCUCUCAUAUCCUCCCCCGAACCCCCAACUCUCGCAACCCCGGACGACGCUUCCGCUGCUCAGCUCCCGCAAGGCCGCGACUGGAUGGCGGAUAUACUGGUGGGUGUCCACACGCAUCCGUCGAUGAGCCAUAUGCAUGUACAUGUGCUGUCGAGGGAGGCCGUGUCGCCGUGGAUGAAGCAUAAGAAGCAUUAUUUGAGCUUCCAUUCGCGGUUUUGGGUUGGAUUGGAUGAAUUCCCGUUGAAUGAGGGUGGGCAGGCAAAUCUGAAGUUGGGAGAUUGGCCGAGCUGGGAUAUGCUGUGUUGGAGGUGUGGAGAGAACUUUGGGAAUCGGUUCGCCAAGCUGAAGAGGCAUCUCGAUGAUGAAUUUGAGGUGUGGAAGAAGGAGUAG